GGCCAAGUCUUCGAAGAUGAAUGAAGACUUGCUGGCCACGGUGAAAAAGCUGCAGAAAGAGGGAAGCCUGGAGCCUCAGAUCAAGGACCUGAUUAACCGUAUUAAUGAGCUACAGCAAGCAAAGCAGACAUCCAACAAGGAACUAGGAGAGGGCCAAACUCUCCAGGAGAUCCUGCUUCAACAGCUAGACUCCUUGAAUGGAGAGGAAGCACACCUGGAGGAGGUCUUGAGAAAGAAACAAGAGGCACUGAAGAUCCUGCAAGAUCACUGGCACAAAAAGAAAAGCAAGGCUCAGUGGUUGGAUAUGGGAGAGCAGCUGGAGGAUCUGAUGUACCAGCACAAGGACCUCUGGGAGUUACAGAUGCUGGAACAGCGGCUGACCCAGGAGAUUCAGGCCCUGGAGAGAAGCCUGGAGCACCUGCUGGCUGAGAGGCAGCAGCUCGGCGCGCGGCUGUUGGAGGUGGAGCGCUCGCCGGGGGAGUCGCUGGGCGCUUGCGCGGAGGACAGGCUGCAAGCGGAGCCCGUGUCCGCAGAGGAGAGGUAGGCGCUCAGGGGACGCCGAGGCGCGCG